AUGGAGGAAGAAAUCAAGAGAUUGGUCCUAGUAUACAUUUCCGCAAUAAUCUCCGUAAGUUAUUGUUACUACAUACCCUCCAAAAUCAAAGCUGGGACUCCUCGAUUACUCUCUAUUCUUCCUGUAUGUGUUCAGCUCUUUGUUUUCCCAAUGCUCUUCUCCUCUCCCUUACUCAUUUUCACCAUAAUGUUUACCCUAACGGGGAUGGGAACUUUUAAGCUCAUCCUCUUUGCAUUUGAUAAAGGUCCUCUUUUCCCACUUCCCACAAGUCUUUUCAGAUUUAUGUGCUUCACUUUGUUUCCCAUCGAAAGACUACGAAAAAACCCUAAAUUUCAAUCUACUUCCCCCACUUGGGUUUUCUCCACAAAAGUUGCAAUAUGUGCAAUGAUGUUAAUGUUACAUAUGCGAGGUUACAAACAUAACCUUCCCACGAUCAUGUUAUGGGUUCUGUAUCCUCUAUAUUUCUACUUGUCACUUGAGAUUUCAUUAAACACCAUCAAAUUUCUGCUCACAAUCAUUCUUGGGUGCGAUCUUGAGCCAGUGUUCGAUGAACCUUACUUAGCCACCUCUCUUCAAGACUUCUGGGGUCGCCGGUGGAAUCCAAUGGUGUCUUCCCUUCUCCGGUCAGCUAUAUACGCUCCUUUGGUGGGGAAAUCCAAGUCCGAUUUGGCUAUGUUCAUCGGGGGUUUUACAACGUUCGUCAUCUCUGGUCUGAUUCAUGAACUCCUGUUCUUCCACACAAGCGGCUAUGAAAUGCCUUCAGGGGAGAUUACUUUGUUUUAUGUGUUACAUGGGUUUUGUACUGCGAUAGAAAUGGUGGUGAAAAGGUCAACGUUUGGGCAACGUCGGGCAGUGAGACCAGUCGUGUCUCGGCUGCUUACAAUGACAUUUAUGAUUGUGACCAGUGGUUGGCUCUAUUUCCCUCAAAUUUUAAGGGGGAAACUCAAAUGA